AUGGAAUCUCAAAAGGCCAAGUACGCAAACUUACGGCCCGUCGAUGAUCGCGAUGACUCGAGGUCCAGCACCGAAGUCGAGGAUUCUCUGAUGGGUGAUGAGAAGCGGUGGCACGACGUAGAACUAAACAGGCCGACGACGCGAACGGGGAGACUAGGCAGAUUCGUCACGGCCUUUAAAUCGGCGAGGUGGAUCAUCGAUACGGGUUUACUGCUAAUUAUACUGGCGCUGUUAAUUCGAGACCAGUGGCGCCGGCCGGCAGCGGAAGAAAAAGAAGUCAACCCGUGGCAGUUCGGCCAAGACCUAACAGGAGUCGGCCCUAGACUUUCUCAAAGAAUCACGACAUUUGAGAGAGAUGAAUCGUACGCGCCGAAUAACACGGCCGAGUUCUUCACGGAUGAGGUAUUACAGAGAUGGAAUGAUCUGAUGCCAAAGGGCAUGGGGUUCGUAUGGGUGAAUGAUACGCAAAAGUAUCAUGAUCUUCCAACACCCAUUGAGUGGCCGGACAAGACCGUCUUUACGACGUCGGCGACUCAUCAAUUGCACUGUCUCUUUGCCAUCGUCCAGACGUACUCGGGCUUAACCUCGGGUCACGAAGUACCAGGCGACCAUCACUGGCAUAUGAUCCACUGCUUCGACUACAUGAGACAAGCCAUUAUGUGCAGUUCUGAUAUGGCCUUAGAAGGCCUCGAGACGACAUUCCCGGACCACAACGGGGGUUCCGACGGUUGGGACUCUAAGCACGUGUGCCGGGAUUGGAACGAUGUCAAGUCGUAUCUAGAGAGCGUGCGAGCGUAUGAUGACCAGCUAAUCUACUGA